AUGAAGAAAUCAGAGGUUGAUAAGAACACUGUUAUCAAAUCCAUCAAGCAAAGAUUCUCAAGCGUUUUUGAACAAUGUAUUGGUAAAACACCCAACUUCACAUGCUCUUUAAAACUAAAGGAUAAUUCAAGACCUAUGUACUUAAAACCCAGACCAGUACCUCAUGCCCUUCGAGAAGCUGUUGAGAAUGAACUAGAUAAACUCGAAAAGGAAGACAUAAUAGAAAAAGUGGACCAAUCUGAGUGGGGAACACGAAUUGUUGUGAUUCCAAAAGCAAAUGGAUCGGUCCGUAUUUGCGCGGAUUACAAGGUAACUGUGAACCAACAACUACAUGACAGUCGUUACCCAAUACCAAGAAUAGAGGAUAUCCUUAACAAAAUGAGGAAUGGAAACUAUUUUUGCACGUUAGACAUUUACAAGGCUUAUUUACAUCUUUCAGUGGACUCUGAAAGUUCUAAAAUCCAGACAAUUACCACACAUAAGGGUACAUAUAUAGCCAAAAGACUGUUUUUCGGAAUUAAGACAGCUCCAAAUGAAUUUCAUAAAUUUAUUGACCAAGUCGUACAAAAUCUUGAAGGAACAGUGGCUUAUUUUGAUGAUAUUGUUGUACAAGGCUGCACUUUUGAAGAAUGCAAAUCCAGACUCAUAAAGGUCUUAGAAAAAUUGGAAAAACACAAUCUACAUGUAAAUGUUGAAAAAUGCAAGUUCUUUGAGAGAAAGUUGCAGUAUCUGGGUCAUAUCAUCAGCAAAGAUGGUAUCCAGAAAUCACCAGAAAAGGUGAGGGCAAUCCAGGAUGCUCCCCGCCCAUCAAAUAUCACAGGAGUGCGUCAAUUCCUUGGACUAGUACAGUACUAUUCAAAGUUCAUCAAAGAUGCAUCUACAGUGCUAAAUCCCUUACAUCAGCUUCUAAGGAAAGACAAACGUUUUCAUUGGUCCCAGGAAUGUGAAAAAGCUUUUACUCGUGUUAAAGAAGAGAUAGCAAGUGACACAGUUCUUACUCCAUACAACCCAGACUUACCCGUGAUACUUGCCACAGAUGCUAGCUCUGUUGGCUUAUCAGCUGUACUCUAUCAUAAAAUGCCAAAUAAUGAAGAGAGGCCUAUUGUGUUUGCCAGCAGAUCCCUCACUGCUGCAGAGCGCAACUAUAGCCAAUUGGACAGAGAAGCAACUGCUGUAUAUUGGGGGUGUAAAAAAAUGUUCGAUUAUAUAUACGGAAGGAAGUUUACUCUUGCCAUUGACAACAAACCACUGAUGACCAUAUUUCAUCCAGACAAGAAACUACCACUGUUGACUUCAUCCAGGAUGCUUAGAUACGCUAAUUUUCUUUCAGGAUUUGAUUAUGACAUUGUACACAAAAAAUCAAGCGACCACUGUAAUGCAUCAGAUUACCUCUCAAGACAUCCCUUGCCAAUAAAAGAAGAGAAUAUCAAUGUGGUUGACGAAGAUUACACUGUUCGAAGAGAGACAAUACACUGCAUAACAACCGAUACUAUCAUGGCUAAAGAUAUAGAAAAAGAAACAUCACUUGACGAUGAACUCUCUCGUUUAAAGGAAAAGCUCCUAAACGGAGAAGUCGCUGACCCAGAAAUAUCACUUCAAGACGGAAUUAUUUUUAGAGGAAAUCGUGUUGUCAUUCCAAAAAAGCUACAACCUAAAAUCCUCCAAGAAUUACAUUCAACACACGUAGGAAUAGUGCGGAUGAAAAGUCUGGCAAGAAACUACUGUUACUGGAAAAACAUUGAUACAGAUAUUGAGAGUAUGGUGGCAAGUUGUAAGGCAUGUUGUGAGAAUAAGAAAAACCCAGAGAAGGCCCCUACCCAUGUUUGGGAAAUACCAAAACGCAAUUGGCAGCGAGUUCACAUAGAUUACGCAGGACCUUUUCUAAAUCACAACUUCUUGAUUGUUGUAGAUGCCAGGUCAAAGUGGCCAGAAAUAUAUCCAAUAAAAAGUGUGCCAACAACUGCCAGUACUCUUCAUCACCUGAGAGAAAUAUUUAGUCACCAUGGCCUACCAGAAAUAUUGGUCAGUGACAAUGCUACAAUUUUCAAAUCAGCAGAGUUUCAAGCAUUCUGCAAACGCCAAGGAAUAAGACAACGAUUCAUUGCACCAGGAAACCCCUCUACUAAUGUUCAGGCGGAAAGAUUUUGCCAAACACUCAAGACAAAACUGAGGUGCAUGCAGUUUGAACAGGGCACUUUACAUGAAAAACUAUGUGCACUAUUAUUUCGGUACCGAGCUACACCACUGAGUACUGGUGCAUCCCCAGCACAAUUAAUGUUUGGCAGGAACUUGAGAACCAAGCUAGAUCUCUUAAGGCCUAGUGAAGAUGACAAAAAUGAGGCCCAACAACCAAUAUUUAACAAACAUUUCAAUAUUGGGGAGAGAGUACAAUCAAGAAAUUACGCAGGAUCCAUUCUGUGGAAAUUUGGAACUGUCGUGGAAAGGCUGGGGCGACUUCACUACCUCGUAGAACUUGAUGAUGGGUAUGUGAUAAAACGUCACUUCAAUCAGCUUCGAGUUUGUGAAGUGCCAAAAGAUCCUACUCAUUACAAAAGCCCUCUACCUAACUCAUUGAAGCAAACAAGGCAAGAAAGUUCAAACAACCAAUGCAACCCAAUAGCCAAAGUACCACCUACGCAAACUCAUCGAACUUUAAUAUUCCAAAAUACCAAUCAAAAUUGUUCAAGACAACCUCCAUUCAUGGGACAUAAAAGGUACGGCAUGUUAAGAAAAUCAAAAAGCAAUUCAGAAAGGUCACAUGAUACAGAAAAUGUCUCAAGUAGCACCACGAGCUGGGAAGGAACUACGGGCACUGAAACAUCGAGUCCUACAGCAAACUCAAUGCCUGAUAGUGAGACAAAAAGCCCUAUAACUAACAAUGAAGCGUCAAGUACAAGCAAUCGUACAAGCAGCCAACAAGAGGCCGAAGAGCCGAGUACAAUCAUACAACAAGACGCUGAAGGGUCAAAUGCAAACUCACAACCAAAUGUCCCUAACAUUCGCCGUUCAAUGAGAAUCAGAAAACCGAUUAAAAGGAUGAACUUAUAA